GGGGACUACCUGGGCAACCUCAACAGCAAGGAGGAUAACCUGGGCAACCUCAACCGCAAGGAGGAUAACCUGGACAACCUCAACAGCAAGGAGAAUUACCUGGAGAACCUCAACAGCAAGGAGAACUACUUGGAGAACUUCAACAACAAGGAAAAUUACCUGGAGAACCUCAACAGCAACCUGAACCAGCUGGAGAGCCUCAACGCCAACCUGAACCUGCAGGUGAGCCUCAACAAGUUGGGCCAAGAAGGCGGCGCCAGAGAAGAGAGGAAGAGUAUGGAAGCCAAGAAGAAGUAG